AUGUCCGCAGCAAACCGACUUGUUGAUCUACAAGCAGCUUUACAAUGUAUAUCAUCCAAUGCAACACAAGAUGAUAAGAAUAAAGCGUUACAUUACUUAGAACAAUUUCAAAGAUCUACAGAGGCAUGGUCAGUUUGCCAUGAUGUAUUAAUCAACACCGAUGCGCAACUGUUAGAAUUACAUAUCUUUGCUGCACAAACAUUAAGAAAUAAAAUCACGUAUGAUCUUUCACAAUUAGAUAAUAACUUAAUGGAUUUGAAAAAUUCAUUAUUGCAGUUAUUAACGGUCCAUUCGCAGAAAUUAGUCGUCACACAAUUAAGCAUCGCAUUGGCAAGAUUAGCGAUUCAAUUUCUAGAUUGGAAAGACCCAGUUAUCGAAAUUAUUAAUGUUUUAAAUCCAUAUCCAAGUGUCCUACUUGGAUUCUUAAGAAUUUUACCUGAAGAAACUUUAGAUAUUGGUUCUACACCAUUGACCCAGGAUGAAUUUAAUUCAAGAAUUCAUGAAUUAAUUGAUUCAAUUGCUGAAGACGUUUUGAAAUUUUUAAUAACUUGUACAACAUUAUUGAAACAAUCAACAAAUUCUGGUAUAUCAAUGGAAUUGAUUUUACGUUGUUUGAAUUCUUGGUCCUUCGAGUUCCCUAUUGAAGAACUAUUGACUGUAGAACCAUUGAUAUCAUUAGUAUUUGAAUCGUUAUUAAAUGGUGCACACGAUUCCUCUGACAUUUUUGACGCAGCGGUAGAUUGUUUAUGUGUGAUAUUGAGAGAAAGCAGAGAUGCUCCUAAUGAAUCCCUGGUAAUGGCAUUGUACGAACAAUUGAUGAACAUUCAAAGAAAAUUAUUGCCUAAUAUAUUAUUAAAUACAACAACUGACGAAGACAUUGAUGAGGACAUUCUAGAUGGCUUGACCAGAAUAUUUGUAGAAGCAGGUGAAGCCUGGAUUGUGUUUAUUUCUAAAUCACCACAAGUUUUCAAUCAAAUGGUUACCGUUCUAUUAAUGUUAGCAUGUAAAAAUCAAGAUUUAGACAUUGUAUCCUACACUUUCCCAUUCUGGUUUAAUUUAAAACAGAACUUAGUUCUUGCCAGAUAUAAAGAGUCACAAAUUGCAUACACACCAAUUUUUGUACAAUUAAUUAACGGUAUUAUAACACAUUUACAAUAUCCAAUUGACCAAUUCGAAUCUAAAGAGACCGAAGAUAAAUUCAAAGAGUUUAGAUAUCAUAUGGGUGAUGUCUUAAAGGAUUGUACAGCUGUCGUUGGACCCAAAGAGGCAUUAGCUCAACCUUUAACAAGAAUAAAUAUGGCUUUAAAAAAUACAACAAAUAUUAAUUCAAAUUGGCAACAAUUAGAAGCACCAUUAUUUUCCUUAAGAACAAUGGCACAGGAAGUUCCACUUUCUGAAAGCACUCAAUUACCACAAAUUUUCAAAAUUUUAUGCAAUUUACCUGAACAUCCCAAGAUUCGUUAUGCAGCUACUUUAGUCCUCGGCAGAUACACUGAAUGGACUUCAAAACAUCCAGAAAUGUUAGAAAUGCAAUUACAAUAUAUCUUCAAUGGGUUCCAAGUGACAAGUGCGCCAGUAUCGUCUGCACCAUCUCCAUCAUCAUCUGGCACUGUAUCUCCAUCACCUAUCAUUAGUAAUAAGGCUAAUUCGGAUAUAAUAACGGCAUCGUCACAUGCCCUGAUGUACUUCUGUUCUGAUUGUUCCAAAUUAUUAAGUGGAUAUAUUGACCAAUUGAUUGAUUUCUACUUCAAUGUGGAGAAUGUUAUAGAUAUUGAAUCACAAUUUGAAUUAUGUCAAGGGUUAAGUGCAGUAAUUAAUAGUCAACCAUCAGACAAAAUAGUUGAAGUCUUCAAUAAACUAUCAAUGAGAAACUUAAAUAAAUUAAAUGAACUAGUUAUCAAAUGGAAACAAUCACCAUCACCAUAUAAUGUUCAAAUUUCAGAUGUUAUUGAUUUAUUUUAUGCAUUAUUUGAAGAAUUGAAACCUAGAUUUGAAUAUCCACAACAAGGCAUGGAACCAUUAUUACCAUCCAUUGAAAAUGUAUGGAAUAAUUUGAAAAUCCUCUUAAUUGAUCAAGGAGCCCUUCAAGAUGAAAUGAUUGUGGAAAGGGUUACAAAAUUUUUACGUAGAUUAUUUGAAAAAUUCCAUGUAUUUUGUGAACCUAUAUUAGGAUCCGUAGCAGAGAUGUUAGUUCAAGGGUAUGCGAAUACAGGGUACGGUACAUUCCUUUGGUGUUCUGGAUCAAUCAUUGUGGUGUUUGGUGAUGAUGAAUCAUUCCCCGUAUCUAAAGAAUUAAAAGAUGCCGUUUGGCAAUUUGCAUUAUCACAAUGUAAUACUUUUAUUUUGAACUUUGAAAAGAUGGAUAAGAGCCGUUUAAACGAUUAUUAUGAAUUAAUUAUGGAUUUUUUUGCAAUGAUAUCUGAUUUAGUCAUGUUUUAUCCACAAGAUUUCAUUUUGUCAGGGGGAUUAUUAUUAGGGAAUGUUGUUGAUGUUGCUGUUAUAAGUGUUAAUAAAUUAGAAAAUUAUGAUGCCUAUGUAUCCAUUUUACGUUGUUUGGAUGAUAUUAUUUCAUGGGGGUUUAAUACACCACCAAUUUCUACAGUUUCAUUAGAAUUUGUACCAAAUGAAUGGAGACAAGCAAUUGUUGAUGAAGUAAUUAUUAAACGUGGAUCACAAAUAAUUGAUUCUUUGAUAAUAGGGUUAGUGACUACAUUUGAUUCUGAUUCUCAUUCAGAUGCGAUUAGUUGUAUUGUUAAAUGUUUUAAAUUGGCUACAGAGGCAAAUAAUGGGAACGCAAAUAUUUGUAAUGAGUGGGUAUGUCAAGCUAUUGAUAAAUUAGGACAAGUAACGGUUAAGGAACGAGAUAAUUUGAACAAUGCUAUUUACACUGGUUUAACACAAAGAGAUUAUAGAAAAGUUAGAGAAGGUGUAAGGGCAUUUGUUGAAUGGUAUUUGAGGAAAACUGUUAGUUCUAGAAUGGAAUGA